CCGGCCCCGCCGCUCCUGCCGCUGGUCCUGCUGGCCCUGCCGCUCCUGCCGCUGCUGCUGCCGCUCCUGCCGCCGCUGGCCCGGCCCGGGGCCGCCCAGGAGCUCAGCCCCCGGGGCCGCAACGUCUGCCGCCCGCACGGCUCCACGGUGCCCGCCUGCUGCCCCGGCUGGAGACAACAUGGCGAAGAAUGCCCGAUCGCCGUGUGCGAAGGGAACUUCAGCUGCUCCGAGAACGAGGUCUGCGUCCGGCCCAGCGACUGCCGCUGCCGCCACGGCUACUUCGGUGCCAACUGUGAAACCAAGUGCCCACGCCAGUUCUGGGGCCCCGACUGCAAGGAGCUGUGCAGCUGCCACCCCAACGGGCAGUGCGAGGACACGACGGGCCAGUGCACGUGCCACGCCAACCGCUGGGGCCCGCGCUGCGAGCGCGCCUGCGUGUGCAAGCACGGCGUGUGCCACCCGCGCAGCGGCGCUUGCACGUGUGAGCCGGGCUGGUGGGGGCCCCAGUGUGCCAGCGCCUGCUACUGCAGCCAGACCUCCCAGUGCGACCCGCAGGCGGGCACCUGCGCCUGCCACGCCGGCUGGUGGGGCCGCAGCUGCAACAACCAGUGCGCCUGCCACAGCUCGCCCUGCGACCAGUUCAGCGGGCGCUGCCAGUGCCGCGAGCGGACCUUCGGCCUGCACUGCGAACGGUACUGCCAGUGUCACCGGGGCCGCUGCAACCCCGUCGACGGGACCUGCAGCUGCGAGCCGGGGUACCGGGGCAAGUACUGCCGCGAGCCCUGCCCCGCCGGCUUCUACGGGCAGGGCUGCCGCCGCCGGUGCGGCCAGUGCAAGGGGCUCCAGCCCUGCACCGUAGUGGACGGCCGCUGCCUGACCUGCGAGCCUGGCUGGAACGGGACCAAGUGCGACCAGGCGUGCGCCUCGGGCUUCUACGGGGACGGCUGCCAGCGGCUAUGCCCACCCUGCCGUGACGGGCACACCUGCAACCACGUGACGGGCAAGUGCUCGCGCUGCAACGCAGGCUGGAUUGGAGACCGGUGUGACAUCAGAUGCAGCAAUGGCACCUUCGGGGAAGACUGUGCCUUCGUCUGCAGUGACUGCUUCAGCGGCCAGUGCCACUUCCAGUCCGGACAUUGCCUGUGCGACGCCGGUUCCCACGGCCCUCACUGCAACCUGACCUGCCCGCCCGGACUCUUCGGGGUCAACUGCGCCCAAUCCUGCAGCUGCCGCGAGGACUCCUGCGACCCUAUGACCGGCGCCUGCCACAUGGACGUGAACCAGCGGGUGGGGGUUAUGGGGGCCGGAGCUCUGCUGCUCUUCCUGCUGCUGGCCGCCCUGCUCUUCCUGCUGGGCUACUGCUGUGUCCGCCGCCGCCACCGCCAUCACCACCGCCACCGCCAGGCCCGCCCCCCGGAUGGCCCAGACCCCGCAGCCGUCAAGAAGCCCCCCCGGCGCCUGUGUGGCCGGUUCAGCCGCAUCAGCAUGAAGCUGCCCCGUCUCCCCCUGCGUCGCCACAAGCUGCCCAAGGUCGUGGUGGCACACCACGAUCCGGAUCAAACCCUCAACUGCAGCUUCCUGGAGCCGCCGUCUUCGGCCGCCGAGCAGCCGUCGCCGUCCUGGUCCUCCCGCGGCUCCUUCUCCUCGUUCGACACGACGGACGAGGGCCCGGUGUACUGCCUGCCGCACGAGGAGGGCGCGGCGGAGAGCCGGGAGCGGAGCCAGUGCGACCCCCGGGGCCCGGGCCCGGCGGAGCCCCCCGCCCGAAGAGAGGUGGCCUCGUCCAGCAGCGAGACGGUGCUGCUGCGGUCGUCGGACAGCGAGCAGUCGGGGAGCUGGGAACCGGGGGCGGCGGGGCCCGGGGCCUGCCCCCUCUACGCCCGCGUCGCCCGCUCCGCCCAGCCGGCCCGCGACCACCACGACGACGAAGCCGGCGGGGGGCCCGGCAAGCCCCCGCCCCCCGACCCCGCCACCAAGCCCAAGGUCUCCUGGAUCCACGGCGGGGCCUCCGGGAGACCCCCCGACGGCCCCAGGCCCGGCCGGCCGGAGGGGCCGCCCCCCGAACCGGCGGCGUUGGCGGGGGCCACCGCUCUUGUCCCGGUGUCGCCGCCGAGGGCCUGGGCGCAGGGGCGGGGGGCCCGGCCCAACGGACUGACCCCCCCGCAGCCCCUCCGCGCCCGGCCCGCCCCGCCGCAGAAGGCCAAGCGCUCGGGGGUCCCGGCCGGCCCCAAGGCGGUGCAGGGGGCGCAGGGGGCGGCCCCGUCCCCCGUCCCCCCGCCGCCCGCCGCCCCGAGGCCCGGCCCGGAGGACUCCAGCCUCGGCUCGGAGCCCCCGAGGAAACGGACUCCCAUCCAGAAGCCCCCGAGGAAGAAGAGCCGCGGGGCCGGCGGGGAGCCCCCCCCGCUCGCCCCCUAG